GUCUGACACAGCUUUUCUGAUGUCAAUCAUAAUGGGCAGGAAGAGGAAUCCGCGCAUCUCGCCUUCUCCCUCAAGAGGGCGGGACCGUGCCCUGUGUGCCAGUGUGUGCCAGUGACUGACUCGGCCUCGUGCGGGUUCCGUCCUCGUAUGUGCUCAUGCUCAGUGUGUUGGCUUGCUGGAGAAAGGCGAGCAUCCAUCGAAGUGAUCCUCUCGGUUGGGGUUGGUCAGGCGGGGGUGAGAGGCGCGCCCUGGCUACUGUUGUCACUGCUACUACUUGUCUCCUCUCUACUGUCUCCUGCAUGCAGCUGCCAAAUUUGAGAUCCAAGCAAACAAAAAAAGACACGAUGGGAAAGAUUUUGUCCGUCGAAUGGAAGGAAAAGAUUGGCGGACAAAAAGCGCAAUGCGAAGCGAUACGAGCCCAAGCUGGCUGGCUGGCUGGCCAGCGGGCUGCGAGGAGGUUUCCGGAGGUGGAGUCCCGGAUCGUGGCUUGUAACUGUACGAGGUGGUAGUGAGGUCCAUACUCGUGGUAGAACUGAGAAUGGCAAGUGGCACAUUCAGGUACACGGGCCGGAGACGAGGGCAGAAUCGAUAACAACUCCCUUCGUCCCUCCACACAGAAUGUACUGCCUGUCUGGGUACGGGGCCAGUGGGCAGGGAAAAGGAACAAGACGGGAUUAUACAGGGUGGGUAUGUACGGCAGCGACGGCAUCAGAAGCAAGCAUCGACAAACCAUCGACAUCAUUUGUAUUUUGUCCUUUUCGAGCCCGGACUCGGGUACGUAGGUAUCGUACACUCGAUCGAGAGGGUACUGCCUCAAGUAGUUAAUCAG